CAGGAAGGGGAUAGUCUUGUCUCCACAGACCCCCAGCUGUUCCUGCCCUGGGACUUUGGGCUCCAGUGACAGAACCUGAGCCCUGCCACACCACGCCUGGUCCCAAAGGCCCAGCUCUUGGUGCCCCCUAAGCCGAUUGUGGGCUGAGAGAAGGUGACCCAGAGAGGAGCCAGCAGGGAUCAAGAAGGAGGAGGGAGGCUGUGUAGAGAGGGAGGAAUUACUGAACAGGAGAAGGGGAUUGGAAGAGCUAGGGAGAUCCCCUUCCUUCUGAGAAAAGAGGGGGUCCCUUGAGGACUAAAAAGGUGGACAUGGCCUGCAGGGUCCACAUACGACCCAUCAGCCUGGCCUGGGUCCUGCAACUGACCCUGGCAUGGAUCCUGCUGGAAGCCUGUGGAGGGAGCCGCCCACUCCAAGCCAGGUCCCAGCGACACCAUGGGCUGGCAGCUGAUCUGGGCAAAGGCAAGCUGCACCUGGCAGGACCUUGUUGUCCCUCAGAGAUGGACACAACAGAGACAUCGGGCCCUGGGAAUUAUCCAGAACGCUGCGGAGUGCCGAGCCCUGAGUGCGAAUCCUUCCUGGAACACCUCCAACGUGCCCUGCGCAGUCGCUUCCACCUCCGGCUAUUGGGGGUACGCCAGGCCCAGCCGCUCUGCGAGGAGCUCUGCCAGGCCUGGUUUGCCAACUGCGAAGAUGAUAUCACCUGCGGCCCAACUUGGCUCCCACUCUCAGAAAAAAGGGGCUGUGAGCCCAGCUGCCUUACCUAUGGACAGACCUUCGCAGAUGGGACGGACCUUUGUCGCUCGGCGCUGGGCCACGCCCUACCGGUGGCUGCUCCUGGCGCCCGUCACUGCUUCAACAUCUCCAUCUCCGCGCUACCACAUUCCAAACCAGGACGGCGGGCCCGGGAAGCUCCCUCCCGGCGCUCCCGCCGCCCUCGCAACUCCAUCCUGGACGCUGCAGGCAGCGGGAGUGGCAGUGGAAGCGGCAGUGGUCCCUAGCGGACGCGUGGCUGUGAGUGGGGGGCGCGUCCCUUCCCCCAGCCUUGCCCCUCAGACACCCAGAACUCACCCCUCUCCCUCUGGGCGUUCUGAUAGUUUCCAGAUUUGUGUCCCUUCUCCCUGGAGUUCCAGAGACUCACCUCUCUCCAGCUUAUCCCAGAAGUGACCCAACUCUCUCUCACUUUUCCCUCUCCCUCUUGAAUAAAGUCUCCAGCUAGAGCA